CAAGAAGAUUCUUGUACACUAAAAAAUUAAGCUGAUUUCAUUUGGUGAAGAUUAUGACGCAAAGGAUUGUGAUUGAGUUGCCACUUCAUUGUGCAAAAUGUGAGAAGAAAAUAAUGGCCAUAUGCACCACUGCUGAUGGUGUUACAGCAUUUGCUUUUGAAAGGGAAGGAAGAGAUAGAGUGGUGAUUAAAGGAGAAGAUAUUGAUCCAGCAAGGAUAACAGAAUGUUUGAGGGAGAAAGUGACUAAGCAUGCUAGACUUGUUAGUGUGGCUAUAGAUGAUGAUUAAUAGUUACAUAUAUACACACACUUUGAGUUUGAGUUGUUUAUAUAUAUGUAUUCAAUAUUUUUAUAUGUAGAAAGGUGAUUGUUUAUUUGUUAGAAUCAUUAUCCAAAUUAGACAUGUAUCCAUCAAUUGUUUGUAUCAUUUUGAUCAUAGAAGUUUUUCAUUUUGUAUG